GUGACUGUAAAAGCAAUUCCCGGCUGAGGCGUCUCUGACUGAAGCGCAGACAGUUAUCCUGGCCGCAUAAAAUACGCGUUUAAUGGUGUAUUUAGAUGACUUUAUAUAUCCGGAUUUUUAACACAGCUCGCAGGCGUUUGACUGCUGAUUUUCGGUUGCAUUGUUGUGCUGGCUCUAGAAAUCGUACAUCUAUGGCCGAGGUCGGAGGCGCCGUGCCUGGGAAUGCCGUGCCCGCGCAUGCUAACGCCGCUGCAGAGAUCCGUUUGUCCACGGAGGGGAAGCGAUAAUCCGAGUGUUUGUUGAUACGGCACGGAGGCGAGAGGACAGUAAGGUACAUCCGAGUUUCGGGACUGGCAACAGUAGCUCGUCCAACAUUUAUCCACGUCGGCAUGAAAUAAAAACGGAGAGGAGCGUGUUUUUUCAGCAAGCGAGCUCCGUGACAGGCCAGAGACCGAUGGGAUUGCUCUCUAACAGCGCACCUAGAUGGGGAGACGGGAAGGGUGGACGGGAGUCGGCGCUGUGAAUUAUUAAAGACCCACCUCCGGCUAGAAGAAGGAGAAAAUGCAUCUCCACCAGGUGCUGACCGGCGCGGUAAAUCCCGGGGACAGCUGUUACUCGGUGGGAAGCGUCAGCGACAUCCCGUUUACGGCCUAUGGCUCCGGCUGUGACAUCGUCAUAUUGGCCAGCGACUUCGAGUGUGUACAGAUCAUCCCCGGAGCUCAGCAUGGGAAUAUCCAAGUGGGCUGUGUGGAGUGUUCUCACCAUCUGGGCAGAAUCGCCGCGUCCUACGGAAACACCGUGUGCAUCUUUGAGCCUCUGUCCACGGCCCUGAAUAAAAGGCACAGACAACUAAACUAUCAGUGGCAAAAGACGGGACAGUUUUUCCUAAAUGCCAUGACCUACAACUUGGCGUGGGAUCCACAAGGUAACCGGAUCCUUGCUGCGACAGAAUGCCUGCAGCUGUGGGCCCCACCCACCAGCGACACCCUCCUAGAGGAGGAGGAUGGCCAGGUGGCGGAGGAGAAAAUGCACCCGGUGCUUAAUGACUGGAACUGCGUCUGGUACUGCAAGACGGCCGUGCCCGUGAACAUAAUGAAGUGGUCGCCUGAUGGAGAGUACUUCGCUACAGCUGGGAAGGACGACUGCCUGUUGAAGGUGUGGUAUCCCACUACGGCCUGGAGGUCCGCUGUGGUGGUCCCGGACCUGCCCGACAGGAAGAUGGCUGCUGUCCACUUCUCUUUUGUGUACCUGGCUCACCCUCGCGCCGUCGCUGGCUUGUCUUGGAGGAAGACGAGCAAGUACAUGGCCAAGGGCUCGGUCUGCAACGUGCUGCUGACCUCGUGUCAGGACGGCAUCUGCCGCUUGUGGUCGGAGACGCUGCUUCCGGAGGACAGCCUGCUGGGGGGGCACAUCUCGGAGAACGCCACCAGCUUCAGCAGCAGCCUGCCCAAUGCCGGGGGUCAGAAGGAUAAGAUCCAGCACGCUCUGGAGUCCAUCCACCACCUGAAACACCUGCGCCGAGGCCGCAGAAGAUCCUCUGCCUUAGUGGCCCACACAGAGCUCCUGCCCAGCCAGCUAGGGUCGCACGAAGUCCACCGGCACAUCUCUCACCAUGCCAACGCUCUCUGCCACUUCCACAUCUCCGCAAGCAUCAAUCCCAACACUGACGUUCCAUCAGUGUUGGCUGGGUCGGCCUUCUCUGCUGACGAAGCCAAUGGUGGCUUUGUGGUCCAUUGGCUGAACAACAAGGACCUGAGCUUCACCACCUCCAUGGACCUCUUCAUGCAGCAGCUCCGGAAGGUGUCCGAGCAUCACCUGGAACAGGGCGCCUCCGAAGACAUGGAGCAGGACACCCCCCAGGCCAAGUUUGACUUUGACCUCGAUGAGAUGUCUGACAAAGGUUCCUCUGAGCACGAGGAAGGGGAACCGGACGGGAGCACCAAGGCUUCCUCACCUGGGUCCAGCAGCAGCGCUCCAUUACCUGCAGUGCUUCUGGACAGGAAGAUGGAGGCUCUCAAUCUGGAGUGGAACAAGAGCCCAGACAUGCUUUUCACCAUCCACCCCAUUGAUGGCUCCUUCCUGGUGUGGCAUGUUAAGUACCUGGAUGAGUACAUCCCUGGGAUUUUCAGGCAGGUCCAGGUGUCCUUCUCGUCCCGCAUUCCUGUGGCAUUUCCCACCGGUGACGCCAACUCCCUCAGCAAGAACAUCAUGAUGUAUGCCUGCACCUUCUCGGAGCUGGAGAGCAAUGGUGCACUGGACCAGGAUAGGCAGGCCAAACGCAUCCGCGGGGGUCCCUCUGCCACGGGCUGCUCCCCGGCCCCCAUCAUCGGCCCAGCCGUCAUGAUGGUGUCCAAGCACGUCGAUGGCUCCCUCAAUCAGUGGGCGGUCACCUUCGCUGAGAGGUCGGCCUUUGCCUCGGUCAUGACCGUGUCACACAAGUUCCGCUACUGCGGGCACCGGUUCCACCUGAAUGACCAGGCGUGCCACACGGUGCUGCCACUGCUGCUGACGUCUUCGCACCACAACGCCCUGCGCACACCCACCACAGACAGCUCCUGGGACUCUGAGAAAGAUCUGGACGUCCUUCCGGCCAUCAAGCCUGCGAAGGGUUUCUCCAGAAAGCAGCUGAAGAAUGCGGCUACGCGCACCUUCCACGACCCUAACGCCAUCUACAGCGAGCUGAUCCUGUGGCGCGUGGACCACAUCGGGCCGCUGUCCUGCACGGGCGGCGUGUCAGAGCUGGCCAGGAUCAACUCGCUCCAUACCUCCGCUUUCUCCAAUGUGGCCUGGCUGCCCACGCUCAUCCCCAGCACUGUCCUCGGCACCUACUGCAAUUCAGCGAGUGCCUGCUUUGUGGCCUCCGACGGGACCAACCUAAGGCUCUACCAAGCCGUGGUGGACGCGCGCAAGCUGCUCGACGAGCUGUCGGAUCCCGAGACCUCCAAGCUCGUUGGCGAGGUGUUCAACAUUGUCAGCCAGCAGUCCACCGCCCGGCCCGGCUGCAUCAUUGAGCUUGACGCCAUCACCAAUCAGUGUGGGUCCAACACCCAGCUGCUGCACGUCUUCCAGGAGGAUUUCAUCCUGGGGUACAAGCCUCAUGACGAUGACACCCCUGACAUGUUCCCAUGCUUUCCAUCGUCCAACGGAUGCCUGCCCCCUCCUUUCUCAGAAAAGUUCUUCCUGGUGGUUAUCGAGAAGGACGAAAACUGUGACUCGGUGCUACAGAUGUGGCACCUGCAUCUGAAGUCCGUUCAGGCCUGCGUAGAAAACACCAGGCCCCAGACAUUCCAGAACCAGCUGAUGGUCCCCCAGCAGCAGGGCGUCAUGGACUCUUCCCCAGAGACGUCCCCUGGACAGAGUCCACUGCCCCGUUCCUCCUCUACUGCCAACCUGCAGUCUGCCAGCAAGCUGAUCCUGGACUCCAGGCUGGUGUACAGCCAGAGGCUGGACCUGCCCACCGGGGUGGAGGUCAUCCGUGCCACGCCCUCUGCAGGGCACCUCAGCUCCUCGUCGAUUUACCCGGUGUGUCUGGCUCCCUACCUGAUUGUGACCGCCUGCUCAGACAGCCGCGUACGCUUCUGGCGCUGUGUCCCAGAGGCGAACCCAGCGGCAGGGGAGCCCGAGGCGAGCCGCAUGUACCGCUGGGAGCCCUGGCUGCUCCUGAACGAGGAGGAGGACGACGACAGUGCCGUGUGCGUAACCGGCCGCCCCGUGGCGGUCAGCUGCUCGUACACAGGCCGCCUGGCGGUGGCCUUCAAGCAGCGAAGCGACAGCUGCGCACCCACAGAGUUCUCCAUGCACGUGUCCAUCUAUGAGUGUGAGUCCACGGGCGGCUCCGAGUGGGUGUUGGAGCAGACCAUCCACCUGGAUGACUUCACCAGGGUAGGCAGCGUGCUGGGUCCCAAGGUCAGCGUGGACAGCAACCUGUUUGUGUACAGCAAGGCCGACCCGUACGCCUGCCGGGACAUCCUUCAGAGCCCAAACAUCAAGCACUUUGUCCACCUGGACUGGCUGUCAAAGGAAGACGGAUCCCACAUCCUUACGGUGGGCGUGGGCUCCAAUAUACUCAUGUACGGUCGCAUCUCGGGCAUCGUCAAUGAGCAGCCAAGCGGCAAGGACGGCAUGGCCGUCAUCACACUGCCUCUGGGUGGCAGCAUCAAGCAGGGCGUCAGGUCCCGGUGGGUGCUGCUCCGCUCCGUGGACCUGGUGUCCUCCGUGGACGGCACGCCCUCGCUACCUGUCUCUCUAUCCUGGGUGCGAGACGGCAUCCUGGUUGUGGGCAUGGACUGCGAGAUGCAUGUCUACGCCCAGUGGAGGCAAGACAAGAAGCCCAGUGACGCAGAGGAGGACAGCCCGUCGGACAGCAUCUUUACCGGGCCCGAGGCCCGAUCCAGGUCCAGGAGCGUCGUGGAGGGCAGCGCGGGCAUUGACGAUGCUUUCCGGACACCUGCCGUCAUCCAGGACGGGGGUCUUUUUGAGGCCGCCCAUGCACUGUCUCCUACGCUGCCCCAGUAUCACCCCACCCAACUCCUGGAGCUGAUGGACCUCGGGAAAGUGCGUCGCGCCAAGGCCAUCUUGUCCCACCUCGUCAAGUGUAUCGCAGGGGAGGUGGCGGUGGUGAGGGACGUGGAGGCGGGAGAGGGCGGGACCAGACGCCACCUGUCCCGCACCAUCAGCGUCAGCGGCAGCACAGCCAAGGACAUCAUUCUAGCUGGCCGGGAGGGGGGGCGUGACUACACAGAGAUCAGUUCCAUUCCACCGCUGCCCCUGUACGCCCUGCUGUCCGCCGACUUGGACACCUCCUAUAAGAGCGUCGAGGAGGCUGCCAAAGGUGCCAAGGGCUCAGACGGCGAUGCCGAGAAAGCGCCCGGGGACCAGUACGCCGACCUGUUCCAGGUGCCGACCGUCACCACUGACGACUUUGUCAGUUUUGCGUCCGAGAAGAAGGAGAAGUCGCGAGUCAUCAACCUGUCCCAGUAUGGCCCAACCUACUUCGGGCCGGAACAUGCCCAGGUACUGUCCAGCCACCUGAUGCACUCCAGCCUGCCGGGCCUCACCCCUCUGGAGCAGAUGUUCCUAGUGGGGCUGGCAGACACUGUGGCCACCACCAGCGCCGAAGUCAGCGGCACCUCGGACAAGCGGUAUGCCGGGGGCGAGGCCCUGGAUGAGUGCGGCCUGCGGUACCUGUUGGCCAUGCGGCUGCACACCUGCCUGCUGACGUCUCUCCCACCUCUCUACAGGAUGCAGCUUCUACACCAAGGUCUGUCUACGUGCCACUUCGCCUGGGCUUUCCACUCCGAAGCGGAGGAGGAGCUCCUGAACAUGAUCCCUGCCAUGCAGAGGGGCGACCCCCAGUGGUCAGAGCUGCGUGCUGUGGGUGUAGGCUGGUGGAUUCGCAACAUCAACACCCUGCGCAGGAUGGUGGAGAAGGUGGGCAAGGCUGCAUUCCAGCGGAACAACGAUCCCUUGGAUGCUGCUAUAUUUUACUUGGCUAUGAAGAAGAAGGCCGUCUUGUGGGGCUUGUUCAGGUCCCAGCAUGAUGAAAAGAUGACCCAGUUCUUCAGCCACAACUUCACGGAGGAUCGGUGGCGAAAGGCGGCCCUGAAGAACGCCUUCUCACUGCUUGGCAAACAGCGUUUCGAGCAGUCCGCCGCCUUCUUUCUGCUGGCCGGCUCACUGAAAGACGCCAUUGAGGUCUGCCUGGAGAAGAUGGAGGACAUCCAGCUGGCCAUGGUCGUAGCCCGUCUGUAUGAGUCUGACUUUGAGAGUUCCUCGACCUGCAAGGGCAUUUUGUACGAGAGGGUCCUUGGCUGCCAGAGAGAUGGUUCUGGGUUCUCCUCCACCAAGCUACACCCUGACCCGUUUCUGCGAAGCAUAGCAUUCUGGAUCAUGAAGGACUACACAAGAGCCCUGGACACCCUGCUGGAGCAGGUACCAAAGGAGGGAGACGAAAGCCAGGACGUGUUGGUGAAGUCCUGCAACCCUGUGGUCUUCAGCUUCUAUAACUACCUUCGCACGCAUCCUCUGCUGAUUCGGCGCCAUUUCGCCUCCCCCGAAGGCACCGUGGCCACUGUGGGCUUGACCUCCGAGAAGAGCGCCGUGGAUGAAAUCAACCUCAUUGAGCGGAAGCUGUUCUUCACCACAGCCAACGCCCAUUUCAAAGUGGGCUGCCCUGUGCUGGCCCUCGAAGUGCUCUCGAAAAUCCCCAAAGUGACUAAGAAGGCGGGGUCCUCCCUCAGUAAAGGAGCAUCCAUGGUGAACAUGAGCUCUGCCCAGGCUAAAGAGAAUGGCGGAAAAUCCAGCGAGGUUGACUGGUCCACGCCUACUUCAGCAGCCCCCGGCUUAGACUGGGGGAGCGGUCUCGAUACCUCGGCUAGCCUGGACUGGAGCCAGCCAUCGGCUGUGGUCGAGGACGAGGGUCUGCUGUUGGAUUGGGGGGACAACAAGGAUGACGAGGAUGAGGAUGAGGAUGGCCUAAUGAUGAAGCCAAAGGCUGAGGAUGAGGAUGGCCUAAUGAUGAAGCCAAAGGCUGAGGAUGAGGAUGGCCUAAUGAUGAAGCCAAAGGCCGAGAAGAGCGCCGAUAAGCCCAAGGUGACACCGCCGAUGAGGCCCCCCAGCCUUCAGCGGGACAACUCGGCCGGGGAGUCUGAGGUAGAUGUAAUCGCGGAGCAGCUAAAGUUCCGGGCGUGCUUGAAGAUCCUGAUGACAGAGCUGCGGACUCUGGCAACGGGCUACGAGGUGGACGGCGGCAAGCUGCGCUUCCAGCUCUACAGCUGGCUGGAGAAGGAGAUUGGUGCCAUGCACCGUAUCUGCAACUAUAAGGUUGAGGCGUCCAAUGAGCAGGAGAAACUGCGGGAGGCCGAAGGGGCAGAGCCCGAGGAGGCGGCGGAGCGGACGGACACGGGCGCCUACGAGCGCCACCAGCUGGAGCGGCGCCGACUGCAGGCUAAGCAGCAGCACGCCGAGAGACGCAAGGCCUGGCUCCAGAAGAACCAGGCACUGCUCCGCAUCUUCCUGAGCUACUGCAGUCUACACGGGGCCAAGGGCGGAGGAGUCACCUCCGUCAGGAUGGAGCUUUUGUUCCUGCUGCAGGAGUCCCAGCAGGAGACCACGGUAAAGCAGCUACAGUCGCCCCUGCCGUUGCCCACCACGCUGCCCCUGCUCUCCGCCAGCAUCGCUCCCACCAAGACGGUCAUCGCCAACCCCGUGCUGCACCUCUGCAACCACAUCCACGACAUCCUGUACACUGUGGCGCAGAUGGACAUGCCUCCACACCCCGACGUCUCCGACGACCGGGUUAACGCGCUGCACACCCUGGCGGCCUCCCUAUCUGCCUGCGUCUAUCAGGCACUGUGUGACAGCCACAGUUACAGCAGCCAGACGGAGGCCAACCAGUUCACAGGGAUGGUGUACCAGGGCCUGCUGCUGAGCGACAGGCGACGGCUUCGCACCGAGAGCAUCGAGGAGCACGCCACACCCAACUCUCCCCCCGCCCAGUGGCCGGGUGUGUCCUCCCUCAUCAACCUGCUGGCGUCAGCACAGGGUGAAGAGCAGCCGCGGCUGAACGUGAUGCUCUGCGAGGCGGUGGUGGCCGUAUACCUGAGCCUGCUUAUUCACGGCCUGGGAACACACUCGGCCAACGAGCUCUUCCGCCUGGCCGCGCACCCACUCAACAACCGCAUGUGGGCUGCAGUCUUUGGGGGCGGAGCCAAACUCAUCAUCAAGCCCAAGAGGCCCCCGGAACCCGCCCCAGUGCCCCCGCCCCCAGCGGAGGACGUGGACAAGCAACGGCGCAGGUUCAACAUGCGGAUGCUGGUCCCUGGUCGGCCUGUCAAGGAGACGCCUGCCACCCCGCCUCCGGUGCCGGCUGAGCGGCCCACCUACCGGGAGAAGUUCAUCCCUCCAGAGCUCAGCAUGUGGGACUACUUUGUGGCUAAGCCCUUCCUGCCCCUGUCCGACAGCGGCGCUUUGUACGAUUCCGACGAGAGCGUGGCCAGCGACGAUGAAGACGAUGACGCCUUCCUGUCCGACACGCAGAUGACGGAACACUCCGACCCCAAUUCAUACAGUUGGGCCCUCAUCCGGUUGGUUAUGGUCAAGUUGGCUCUGCAUAACAUCAAGAGCUUCCUCCCACUAACAGGCCUGGAUUUCACAGAUUUGCCUGUGACGUCACCUUUGGUGAAUGCGAUUCUGAAGACUCUGGAGAACUGGGAGCAGCUGAUUCUGGAGAGGAUGAAUAAGUUUGAUGGGCCGCCACCCAGUUACAUCAACACCUACCCGGCUGACAUCAGCGUGGGGGGCAGUCCGGCUGUCCUCCGGCACAAGGCCAUGCUGGAGCCCGAUAACACACCUUUUAAGACGAAACACCACUUGUCGUUUCCUGUACGGCGUCUGUGGCACUUCUUGGUCAAACAGGAAAUCCUCCAGGAGAUACUGAUCCGCUAUAUCUUCACCAAGAAGCGGAAGCAGACUGAGUUUUUAGAAGACCAUGUGGACCAACUCGCACAAAACUGCGUAACAGGAGGUCGAAAACCCAGCAAGGUGGAGGCGGAUCUCGGCUACCCUGGGGGCAAAGCUAAAGUUAUUCACAAAGAGUCCGACAUUAUCAUGGCCUUUGCCAUCAACAAGGCCAACACCAAUGAAAUCGUGCUGGCCUCCACUCACGACGUGCAGGAGGUCGAUGUCUCCACCCUCUUGGCGGCCCAGCCCUUCACCUGGAUUGGGGAGGAGUUCGACAAAGAGUCCCGCAGCUCUGACGACCUGGAUUACCGCUCCUCCCACACCAACAUUGCCCAGGCCAGCUCGGCUCCCUUUGCUCCAGCUCAGGUGCCCGUCUCCUCCUCCAUGCCGUGGCUGGGCAGCGGCCAGACCAGCACCGGCGGCAGCGUGAUCAUGAAGAGGAACCUGAACAAUGUGAAACGAAUGACUUCCCACCCAAUUUUCCAGUACUACAUGACGGGCGCUCAGGACGGCAGCGUGCGCAUGUUCGAGUGGAGCCGGCCCCAGCAGCUGCUGUGCUUCCGGCAGGCUGGGAACGCCAGGGUCACACGACUCUACUUCAACUCCCAGGGAAACAAGUGUGGCGUCGCAGAUGGUGAGGGGUUUCUAAGCCUUUGGCAAGUCAACCAGACGUCUUCAAAUCCCAAACCUUAUUUGAACUGGCAGUGCCACUCCAAAGCUUGCGGUGACUUUGCCUUUAUAACCUCAUCCAGCCUCAUUGCCACCGCCGGCCAAUCCAACGACAGCAGAAACGUGUGCUUGUGGGAUACUCUUAUCUCGCCCAGUAAUUCCUUGAUCCAUGCAUUCCCCUGUCACGAGAACGGCGCCACGGUCCUGCAGUACGCCUCCAAGCAGCAGCUCAUCAUUUCCGGCGGACGGAAGGGCUUUAUCUGCAUCUUCGACAUCCGGCAGCGGCAUCUGCUCCACACCUUCCAGGCCCAUGACUCGGCCAUCAAGGCCCUGGCCAUGGACGCCACGGAGGACUACUUCGUCACGGGAUCGGCGGAGGGCAACAUGAAGGUGUGGAAGCUGACAGGUCACGGGCUGCUUCACUCCUUCAGCACGGAGCACGCCAAGCAGUCCAUCUUCCGCAAUAUUGGAGCCGGCGUCAUGCAGAUCGAGACGAGUCCCGGCAACCGGAUCUUCACCUGCGGCGCCGAUGGCACGCUGAAGAUGCGUGUGCUGUCAGACCGCUACAACAUCCCGGCUAGUAUAUUUGAUAUCUUGUAAAUUGUAAACGGAAAGUGAUAAUAACAGAAGCCUAAUAUGGUAAAACCUGGAAAAACACACGUUCUGCAGCAGUGAUGUCUUAUCGCCUGUGGAUUGUAACAAAGUGAAGCUUACACAAAGUAUUUUUCCCCACAGCCUAAACAAGGAGGCUAUUACACUUGAUUUUAAAGAGGAAUUGCUGCAGUAAAAAUAAAAAUUUAAAAGCUGAAUUUGUUCCAAUCUCUCAUAGAGUGUAUUAAUAGGACAGCUAUGCAUGUACUGUAAUUGUAAAAGCGGUGCAAUCACAGGUUAUUGAUAGUGCUCUGUAAAUGUACUCCAAGCAAAAAUUUAAAAAAAGUGUGUACCUGUUGUCAUUUUGUGCCCACAGCAUCUGUUACCAGCACUGUGGUUCUGUUAAGUGGUUUCCAGUGUGAAUCGAGUUGUCGGAUCUUCAUUUUAUUUUGUUUUUAUUUAUUAUUUAUUUAUUUGCUGCUCAGGCUUCAGAGUUUAGAGGGAAAAAAAUGACAUGUGACCCCUUUACCCCUGUGAAGUAGCCGGCGGUUCUAACCUAGAGACCAGAGGCUGCCGCUGUCGUGUUCCUGCACUACCAGAGCUGCUGUCAUGGGGCUCCCAGGCUGGUGGGGCUGCUUAGUUAGAGCGCCCUCUUCUGUAAGUCUGGCUCCUAUGUUUCAAAAGCACUAAAGAGGUCAGUUUGACAAGAAACACACGUUUGUGUUCAUUUUGCUGCAAUAGACUUUUUUUUUUUUUUUUUUCCUCUAGUUAAUUUCCUUCCACUGUUUGUUUAACUUAUUGCCUUCGUUAGGAUGUGCUGUGUUUUGCAUAGCUAAAUGGGACAGUGCAACAAUAUGUAGGACGGUGUCAUUUUUUUUUUUAACAAUUUAUCCAUAACGAAGGAACCUUUGCACUCAAAUCUUGGGACAUUAUAAAACUUUAUUUAAAAAUACAAAUGCAAACUAUUACAGCAGAAACUGUUACAUUUGCAAAUGAAUGUCUGGCUCUCUUAGGCCAAAUAGUUUUAAUAUACAUAUAUAAAUAUAUAAAGUACCAAGACAGCUUGUAUAAACAUUAAAGCAUUUUCUUUAUUAUUUUAUUUGUAUCAUACGAGCUGAAUUAGUUGUACUUUUGGUUAAAUGUAUGGUACUCGUUGGACAGGUUUGUGUUUCUGUCGAGAACUGUUGGAAGCCGUGGCCCAAGCUGUGUUUAAUUGUUCAACCAAAAUGUACUUUCCCUUCCUGUCUGUCGUGUACCUUGAGCUCCUGCUGCUCUCGCCCAUGGGGAAGAAUCACACGAAAGCCGGGAGACCUCGGUAGUCUGUGAACCUGCUGGUAGUCCUAUCACCAUAAAUGUUUUACCUUUGUAAGUUGAAUAAAUUCUUUUUAUCUCAUGAA